GCACGUCAGUCCUCACAGGGCUCUGAUGGGGAAGUGGAGGCGUCGCCAUCAUCGAGGAUCUCGAACAUGACAUGUCUAAUCUCUCUCCAGUCGCUGAGUAGACUCGGGUGAGAUGGGCGAGAACUACUGCAUCCGGCUGAACGUGUUCGGAGAUGAAUGUCUGCGGUGCUGGAGGAACAUCGGGUCCGGCGGGUUCGGGGAUGUGUACCGGGCGAAGCACUCGACUCUGGGGAUGGACGUGGCCAUCAAGUUAUUACAUUAUAAAGACGGCAGAUCCUCCAUUCAGAGAGAAGCUCAGCUGAUGUUCCAGGGCGGGAAUCCUAACGUGAUCAGGAUCUUGGGUCUGUACGAGGGCCGUGUGGACGGCGGGCAGCUGCAGCCCGGGCUGGUGAUGGAGUUCAUGCCCAAGGGUUCGGUGGCUGACCUGCUGCAGACGCUGACCGGGCCGCCGCCGUGGCCUUUGACCUUCCGCAUGGCACACGAGAUCAGCCUGGGCAUGAACUUCCUCCAUCAUCUGUCUCCUCCGCUCCUGCAUCUGGACCUGAAGCCCAGUAACGUGCUGCUGGACGACAGCCUCCGAGCCAAGCUCACAGAUUUCGGUCUGUCUCGAGUGGCUCGAAGCGUUUCUCGAUGCUCCGGACAGAAAGACGAGGACGAGGGAGGAACGCUGAGCUACAUGCCUCCUGAAGCGCUGCUGUCCGUCAACUACAAAGCCAACAAAGCCUCCGACGUCUACAGUUACGGCGUGCUGCUGUGGUCCAUGGUCACCGGGAGAGAGCCCUACAGCGAUGUUCUGUCUAGUCUGGUGCGCUUCCGGAUCCCUCAGGGGGACAGACCUGACCUGACCUCUAUUAAACGCAGCGAGACCGAAGGUCUGGAUGAGAUGGUGCAGCUCAUGACUGAAUGCUGGCAUCAGGACCCCGACAGGAGACCGUCGUUCCUCUGUUGUGUUAAUGAGACUGAGAAGAUCUUUCAGAUGCACAGACAUGGACUCAACGAUGCCGUCUAUGAUGUUCUGAAGCAGCUGGAUGAGGAUGAUGAUGAUGAUGUCUGUUCCAGUUUGAAAUCAAUCCAGAUCAGCCACAAACCACUCAAUGAAGCUGGUCCUCAGGGUUUGUCCUGUAUCACCGGAACGCCUCCUAAACAGGAAACAGCUGUGAGUUACGCAAAACCCAUAAAGAAAGAAUCAUUUCCUGGUCCUGCUCCACCGGCGACGUCUGUCAGAACAACACAGCGGCAAACUUCAACACCAGGCGGUGUCCAGAUCACCAUGUCAAACGUCUGUGGAGUUCAGAUCGGCAACAACAACAUCAUGAAUAUCAUUCAGAAACCGCGGCAGAGACACAGAACGGCUCCUUCUAGAGUCGGCUCGUCUUAUUCCCGCUCAGAGAACUCCCCGAAAAACCCCCAGUGACCUCUUUACACUCUUCUGCAGGAAUCAGCUCUCGUUCAGUGUUAUAAGUGACAAACUAUACCUGUGAGCCAAAGGGAAAUGGACUUUCAGUGGAGCUGGACACUCAAAAAAUAUCCAUGUCAAUUUGAUGUGUUUGAAUUGCUUAUAAAAUGUCCAUCCAUUUGGAUUACACAGUUUUAACAUAAACUAAUAAAAAUAGUAUGAUGCAUGUUUGUCAGUCAUACAUAAACAAAG